AUGUCCAACAUCAAGCAGUAUUUGCAGAGGUGUAAGGAGGUCCAGGUCCUUAAAUCGCUUAUCCUCGGUGAGGAAGAGCGUGGCCAGAGCCAGUACCAAGUGAUGUGCUUCAUAUUCCACUUCCCCAAGGACUCCUUCAUAUCGUCGGACGCGAUGGCCAAGCUGCGGCAGAAGAACCCCAGCACGAUCCGCACGCCCGAGGAAGACCUCGGCAGGACGAACCACACCAUGGACUACGUGGUGGUCCUCAAGCACGCGGGCAUCAUCUCGCCGCACAUCGCCGACCUUUGCGCCGAGGCGGGCUCGGCCAGCUACACUGUCCACGAGGACGUCGUCAAGUGGGCAGCCGCACAAGACAUCCCCAUCGAGUCGUACAAGCCGGCCCUGAAGAAGUUCCCGACCAGGAGCUUCUUGACCAACGACGUCUCGGAGUCCGUUCUGGCCAACUGCACGGACAUUAAGAACAUGUGGACGCCCUGUGAGUGCCACUUAGAACUCUGUAUAGGUUGGUACCCUUGCGGUCUGAAGUACUGCAAGGGCAAGGGCCAAACCAAAAACUCGGUGAUGAGUUACAGGUGCGGGAUAAAGACUUGCAGGAUGUGCCACUUGUUUGCGUACUACGUAUCGCAGAAACAGCAGUGUCUUUGGGACGAAUGACCUUAGUAAACACUUUUGUACAGAUCGUAUAUUUGCCUUACAUUUGCUUCAAAAGAUGGACCAAUUUGCCUUAGUGCUGUUUAGAUGUUAUCUAAAGUUAUAUUCGUAUCGGAUGAUUUAUUUUGGUGUCGGGGCAGGUACUGUAAAUAUGUCACGUGACUGGUUCCGUGGCAAAUAAUUUUCCGCGAGAUGGGGUGACUUGGGGAAUUAUUCUGAUGUCGCUGCAGUGUUUUAUGCUGACACUUUAUUGCAUAAUAUCGGUGUGGGUGCAUUUUCCAACGCGAAAUUUAUUUCUUCAGGUAUUUUAUUCCUUUUAACUUUUAUGCGAUGUAAAUAGGGUUACAAUAAAAUGUACAAAAAUGUUA